AGCUACAUCCGAGUUAUCCCGAGAGUUUACCUCUGUAUAUAAACAUUGUGUACCGGAUUAAGAGACUAUUGUUAGUUCCUUUAACCGUUCUACUCUCACAACGUGGUCAGCUAUUGUGAAGAAAAGAUAUCCAACCUCCCUACAUAAGCUCCGAUCCCUCGCUCAUGCUGCAGUCGUCCAAUCCCACGCGCAACCCAAACACCUCCAAAGGAACGGAAAGCUUCUAGUUCCAGGGCCCUCCAAGAAGCCACCGCCAGUGAUAGCUAUCACUGUUUUAACUUACUCGUGCAAAGGGUCUAAGCCAAAGACCAAUCCACGUCAUAAAAGAUGACUUCAACCCGUCAUCCACAACCGCUGUCCUCAUCUCCGUCUGAAGUCUACGUCAUUCCCCGUCAGCCCCAUGCUGUGACUUCCUCACAAGCCCGUAUCCUCUCCCCUAUGAUAAUCAUCCCCGGAAACUCGCCAAUUACAACGACUCUGACCCCGUCCCAGCUCCAUGAGCUUCUCCCUACCCUGCACAUCCACAUCGAGCCAUCUCUCCCAGGUAUGGCUCUGUUUCCCGCCUCCAGUGUAAGCCACCCAGGUCUAGAGCAAGCUUUGCGCUGGCGCGAAGCUGACAAUGGGUCCUACACAGGCAUCCAGGCCAAUUUGAUCGAAAUUGUCCAGAUCUACCAGGCCCUUUCAUUCCUAGGGAACAGGCCCACCGGGCAGUUUCUGCGGCCGCUUGAACGCGUGAUCCGUGGUGCAUUUGAGAAAGGCUUCGUGCUCGAGGAGUGUCAAGCUCUGUGGGAUCUGCGCCACUUGCCGUUCACGGAGAAGUGGAUCGAUCUGAUGGUCCGGCGGUUGGCGGCCAACUUUGAGACUAUGGUUGCAGACGGCACUUCGGAGUUUGUGUUCGAGGGGCGCCUGGAAGCGGAUGAGGUGCUGAGGGCUCAGUAUGCGGAAUACCUUUCUAUAUUCGCGUGGAUUGAUGCGGAAAUGGAGCUGAAGCUGCGCUGGAGAUGUGUGCAAGAGAGGAUGGCGAAGGAUGCGGAGCGGGCGCGGCGGAUUACGAAGAUGAUGAAGGCGACGCGCCGGAGGGCGGUGGCGCGCUUGGAGACUGUGUUUGAGUAG